GAAAGAUUGUGUUUUGCAUUAAGUAAGAGAACGGUAUUCUUAUCCGUCAGAACCUACACUUGACACAGUUUCUGGCCUUACACAAUUGAAAGUGAACUAUUUAUUACUUGAACAUAAUGUGUCAAGAAUGUGACAAGAGUAUUGUCAUUUUUGUUUAUUUUCAUUUGAAAUGUACUGGAUUUAUGUACUUUAAAUUAAUUUAAAAUACAAUUAAUUAGAUGCAAAUUGGAUUAUUCUGACACAACUUAGAAAAAAACAUUAUAUCAAAAUUUUGAACAGUGUAUAACAAGAAAGGGUCCAUAUGGGGAAGACAGAAGAAAGUACAGAAACAGCAAUUGAUGUUUGCGAUCAUGAACAAAACGACGACGCCAGCACAACUGACUACAGUUGUUUAGACUGGAAUAAAGUUUUUCGUUUCUUGGCAAAUCAACUAGAUGCGGCAAAAUGUUUGUUAUUUUUCAAUACCUUAUAUGGAAAUACAAGAUAUACAGCUGAACUAAAUUCUUCAGCAAGAUAUAAACAAGUUGAAAACGAUACAAAACUUCGAUUGGGCAUAUGCGACACCAUAACUCUUCUUGUUGAACAGUUUAAGGCAUGGAAAGAAUACGCAGGAAGAAAUGCUAAACACACAGUAAUUUCCAAGUCGCUUCAAGAACUUGACUUAAAUGAUACGUUGCAUAAAUUCGAAAGUUUCAUGUGUAAUCCGCCCAUGCUACUCCAAAAGCGUCAAGUCACAUCUCAUAUCAAGGACGACGAUUUCUGUAUAUCGGAUCAAAACCAUGAUGUCAUGUCUUUUCCAAUGCCUCAAGUACAUCUUAAAAGAACCUUUUAUGCAAUGGAACAAAGCAGUUGCUGCCAAGAACGUAGGAAAGUCCCAGACGGUGUACCAGACAAUGUGGUAAUGCCGAAAUGGUGUUACCAGGAAUCGAUUCAUCAGAGAGAAACUUUUCCAACAACAAAAUACAAUACAGAAAACCCAUUGGAACCUGAUCAUGAGGAAGCGAAUGGUUUGUGUAGGGAAAAGAAAAACGAUCCUCAUAACGAAUCAGGUGAAUCAAAUCUGUUUACACCCUCUCAACCACAUUUGACCAUGAGUUCAUUUUGGUUAUUGAUUAGAACAUUUGUCCUGAAAUCCAAAGAAUACUUGUGUCAAGAUAUGUACCAAAUACUUCUAUGCGAUACCAUUUCAAAAGUCAUGACAGAAACAGUCAAAAAAGAAGAAGUAAUACUGUCUUUAACAUACCAGGAUUUUCUGGAUGCAGAAAAAAUCAAAACAAAAAAGGAAACAAUUGCUGUGAUGUAUUCAAACGAAAUAAGAUUAGUACUGGGAGAAGCAGUUUUCUCAGACCUGAGUUUCUAUGCAGAAUAUGCACGGAGGCAAGUAAUCGGAAGACUUGGAGGAAAUAUCAACAAGGCAGACAAAGAUUACCUUUUUCUAAACUACAACGGUAACCGAAUGUAUUCACAGCGCCACCUAGGUAAUGAGAAAGAAGAAGAUGUGUGUCCAGCCAAAGAACGUUCUGUUACUGUCCAAGAUACCAGUACAGCUAAAAUGGAAGAAAAUCAACUGUGACUACAUUUUACUAGGCGCACAUCAAUGUUUUAAGCUAAGCAAUACUUAAUAAUACAAUUGGCAUUUUUACAAAAUGGGCGCCAAAGACUGAAAAUUGUUGAAUGUUUCUGAUACGGUUUGAUUGUCUCAGUCCAAGGAAUGGUAUUUUUUCUUGGUUUAAUCAUUGUCAUAGAAAGUGUAAGCACACGAUUGUUUCCAGAAUAAUUGAUCUCGGACACAAAAUAUUAUGUUUAUGUUUGUUUGAUUUUGUUUGCUGUUUAACAUACGCUGAUAGUAUCUAUAUGCUUGUUACUCUUUUGUGUUUGCUUAUUUCUUUAUAUGUCUUUUCAAAGUAUGACUUUUUAUGCGUUUAUGUUUUAUAAGAAUGAGCGUGUGCUUCACAAAUAAAAGCAUUCUUUGUGAUGUGAUUAUACUUUGUUCUUAAUUAUAUCAUAUUUUCAUAAUACUUAUAAUACCAUGUGUAUGAUCAUGUAGAAAUAAACUAAAUAUACGAUA